UUGUGGUAUUGGUGUUUUCUUCAGCCCAACUGCUGAAUAUAAAUGAGCUGACAGCCCAUAUCCGGAACAAAACCGAAAUGUGAGGCACAUCCUCAGUGCCUCCAGGACAGGUGUCCACGUCCCUGCUAUCUCACCGGAACCACUGGCCUUGUGGAGCACAGGAAACCAGGACCUUCCAGCUCCUCUCUGCCAGGAGCUCUCACGUGGCCAAAAGCCCAAGGGACGGACCUGGCUGGGGCUGAGCUGUGUUUGUCACAGCACGUGGGUGACACAGGAACACAGCUGGGAGCACUGCUUGUGUGGGCCUUGGGAAAAAUAAAAGGGUGGUGAUGGGGUGGUUUGCUUCCAGGCUGGCAAAGCAGAAUUUCCAGGGUCUGCAUUUCUUCUCCCAGGUCAGCCUCUGACAUCGCUGCCUGCCCUCGUGAGCUGUUUUUGCUCUGGACUGACACCUGAAGGGGUGAAAGGCGAGUUCUUGGAAAGCCGCGUCAAAUCCAGGGCUGUCCGAAUGCCAGAGCCCACCCUGCAGCCUGCCCAGCUCAGUGAGCGACCUUAACUGGGGACCUGCUGUUGCUCUGAAUAAGAGCUGUGGUCGCCUUGUGCUGCUGGGUGAGAAAUUCUCCUGGAAGAGGAGGACGGCAGUGACACUUGGAGCUUGCUGGGAUUGCUGGCAGAGAGUGCAAGCCAGGCUGAGACAGAGCAAAAAACCCACAGGAGACUUCAGACUGGAAUCCUGCAGGGGCACAGCGCUAUUGGAGACAGCAAGAGAAGGUAGCAGAAAGAGCUUUUCUGGGCUGGAUCAUCUCUACAAGCCAGGUUUUCUCCCUGCCUUGGGUGCCCCAUCACAGCAGCCGCGCUGCGGGAAGAGAACCUGGAGAAAGAUGCACUGAAGUGUCAGACAUCAAAGAAGGAAAGCUCGGAUCCUGCCUUGGAGGCUGCUGUAGUAACACAGCACUGGAGGGGAGAACCAGAGGGAAUUAACUGGCCAUCGUCCCCAGUUCCUGCUCUCUCAGUGGCUGGUGUCCCCCGUUCCUGGACUUUGCUUGAUGGGGAUCUCUGCUGCAGGAGCAGGCUCUGCACUCCAAGGCAGGCGAGCAGGGGUAGGAGAGGUCACUCCUAGAUGCCGGAAAGGCCAUUUGUGUAAGCUCCUGGCAGAAGAUCUCCUCUGGAACAGCUGCUGGCUGUAGGCCCACCGAGCCAAGGGUCAGGAUAGCCUCCGAACAGCAUGUCUUCCAAGCCUGACAAGAAGGAGACCCACCAGGCCAACGGGGCUGUGCCUGUGGACCAUCUCACCAGUGCGGCCCAGGGGCAGCUGGCGGAGCCCUCAGAUUUCCUGGGCCCUGCUGCAGUGGAAGCAGUGGUGCUGGAGUCCCGUGCCAACGCCAAAGGGGUACGGGAGGACGAUGCCCUGCUGGAAAAUGGCAGCCAGAGCAAUGAAAGCGAUGACACCAGCACACACCAGAGUCCGGAGCCAGCCUCGCCCCUCAAGGAGACCUCCUUUUCCAUCGGGCUGCAGGUCCUCUUCCCGUUCCUCCUGGCAGGCUUUGGGACAGUUGCUGCUGGAAUGGUGCUGGACAUUGUGCAGCACUGGGACGUCUUCAAAAACGUGACCAAUUUGUUUAUCUUAGUACCUGCACUGCUGGGCCUGAAGGGGAACCUGGAGAUGACUCUGGCAUCCCGCCUGUCCACUGCUGCUAAUAUUGGCCAAAUGGACACACCCAAAGAGUUCUGGAAGAUGAUAACAGGAAACAUGGCUCUGCUACUGGUUCAGGCCACCGUGGUUGGCUUCCUGGCCUCCAUCGCAGCCGUGGUGUUCGGAUGGAUCCCAGAUGGGCACUUCAGCCUGUACCAUGCUGUCCUGCUCUGUGCCAGCAGCGUGGCCACUGCCUUCGUUGCUUCCCUUUUUCUGGGAAUGAUUAUGAUUGGGGUCAUCAUCGGAUCCAGGAAGAUGGGGAUCAACCCUGAUAAUGUGGCCACACCGAUUGCUGCCAGCCUGGGGGAUCUCGUCACCCUGGCUCUGCUGUCAGGAAUCAGCUGUGGCUUGUACAAGGACCUGGAGAGCAAGUUCUACGUGAAUCCCCUGGUGUGCUCCUUGUUCUUGGCCCUGCUGCCCAUCUGGGUCUUCGUGGCCAGGAAGGAUUCUGCCACCUGGGAGGUGCUUUGUUCCAGCUGGGAGCCCGUCGUCAUCGCCAUGGCCAUCAGCAGCGUUGGGGGGUUGAUUUUGGACAGGACGGUCUCGGAUCCGAACUUUGCUGGGAUGGCUGUUUUCACUCCAGUCAUCAAUGGUGUGGGUGGCAACCUGGUGGCAGUGCAGGCCAGCCGCAUCUCCACCUACCUGCACAUGAGUGGGAUGCCUGGAGAGAGCUCCAAAACAGCCCCUUGGAAGUGCCCCAGCCCUUGCAGCACUUUCUGCAGCUCAGACGUGAACUCCCGCUCUGCCCGGGUGCUCUUCCUCCUGGUGGUGCCUGGGCACCUGGUUUUCCUCUACACCAUCAGCUCCAUGCAGGGGGGCCACACCACGCUCACCCUGAUCUUCGUGGUGUUCUACAUGACAGCUGCACUGCUCCAGGUUCUUAUUCUGCUCUACAUCGCCGACUGGAUGGUGCACUGGAUGUGGAACAGGGACCUCGACCCAGACAACUUCUCCAUCCCAUACCUGACAGCGCUGGGGGACCUCAUUGGGACAGGGCUCCUCGCUGUCAGCUUUCACAUCCUCUGGCUCAUCGGGGACCGGGACUCCGAUGUGGGGGAUUAGCUCCCUCCCUGCUCCCCCCUUCCCACCCUUCUCCUCCUCCUUUCAUUCUUGUUGCUUCUUUUCCUCCACCUUUACUUUUCUUUGCUUCCUCCCCACACCCCCGUCUCUCUUGAGACUUCACCUUUAGUACCGGAUUCUCAUUAUUUUCAAUGGGAAUGUUAUGGGGUUUAUAUUCCAAGCCCGGUUUGUACAGAAAAAUCUCUCUAGUUUUAGGAAGGGCA